UAAACUGUGGGCAUGGUGGCGCUGCAUAAUAUUAUUCUCUCAACAAAAUCCUUCAAAUUAGCCCGAUUAUAUUCAUCGUUUUUUCCGAUCUGAAUCUCUAUUAGUUUCUUCAUCAGCUUCUGGAUCAUCACAAGCUAUAUCUUCCAGUUUGCAUAUAUAAUCAUAUGGCUCCUUCUCCUUCUCCUUCUCCUUCUUGUUCUUCUGUGUCGUCGUCUUCACCAGCCAUGGCUUUUGCAGUUGCUUCUGCUGUUUGUGUGUUCUUCAGUUGCUUCGUUUCUGUAUCACAAGCUCAAAACGCUACCACAGAUCCUUCUGAAGCGAGAACGUUGAAUUCAAUCUUCAACAAAUGGGAAAUAUCGGCGUCAGCAAGCGUAUGGAAUAUAAGCGGUGAACUAUGCAGCGGACGAGCUAUUGACAGCACUACCGCGGUCGAAGACUUCAAUCCAUUUAUCAAAUGCGACUGUUCCAAUGGCACUUGCCACAUUACUGCACUGAGGGUUUAUGCAUUGGAUGUUGUUGGGGAAAUCCCAGAAGAGCUAUGGACUCUGACUCACCUCACCAAUUUGAACCUCGGUCAGAAUUAUUUGACGGGUUCUCUACCUCCAGCCAUUGGAAAUCUCACUCGUAUGCAAUACAUGACCUUAGGCAUCAACUCCUUAUCAGGGGAGCUUCCCAAGGAAUUGGGAAAUCUUACUGAGUUAAUUGUAUUGGGUCUUGGAUCAAACAACUUCUCUGGGUCUAUCCCCUCUGAACUAGGGAAACUUGUGAAAUUGGAACAACUUUAUUUAGAUAGUUCGGGACUUAGUGGCCAGAUUCCUCCCACUUUUGCUAGUCUUAAAAACCUGGCGACAGUAUGGGCUUCAGACAUGGAACUCACGGGCAGGAUACCAGACUUCAUAGGAAGUUGGUCUAAGCUUAUAGUCUUGAGGUUCCAGGGGAAUUCUUUUGAAGGUCCAAUACCAUCAUCAUUUAGCAAUCUGACUUCUCUUUACAGAGUUGUGUGUGUCACUCACUUACUUGUAUGCAUUUCUGCGGAUUGA